AUGAAGCUUUCAAUUUUCUCGGUUGCCCAACUCUGCCUUUUGGCUUCAGCCUUGCCUCAAAACGGGGCUGGCGAUCUCCCAGAAGGAGAAUGGAGAGCAGGCGGGGCCGAUGACUUUCGUGGUCCCUGCCCGAUGAUGAAUACUCUGGCGAACCACGGCUUUCUACCCCGUGACGGCAGAAACAUCACCCGCGAAAAUGCGAUCCAUGCCUUGGGUACCGGUCUCAGCUUCAACGCUGAGCUGGCUGGUAUAAUGUGGGACCAAGCCGUUAUCGCCAACCCUGAGCCCAACGCGACAUUCUUCACGCUUGAUAAUCUUAACCGACACAAUGUUUUGGAACACGACGCUAGCUUGAGCCGCUCAGACGCCUUCUUCGGCAACAACCACGUCUUCAACCAAUCCAUCUUCGACACCUCCACCGCCUACUGGACCACCGACAUCCUCACGCCCAAGCAGAUCGCCAACAGCAAGCUGGCGCGGCAGGUCACCUCGAGGGCCUACAACCCCGACUACACAUUCACGACUACGACUGAGGAGUUCAGCCUCGGCGAGGUCGCUGCCCCCUUCAUCGUCUUUGGGACUCUGCAGGAUCCCACCGUCGAGAAGAACCUCGUCACUUACUUCUUCGAGAACGAGCGUCUCCCGACCGAGCUGGGAUGGACCAAGAAGGAUGUCGAAGUCACCCUUACUGAUAUCACGGGUGUUGCGAAUGUCCUCAGGAAUGCUACCAAUCUCUUCACCGGCGCCGCAACCCCGCACAAGGUCCGCCGCCGUGAUCUUCACGCCGGCUUCUAA